UACUGCUUCUUCGGGAAAAAAAAAAAAAGGAAAAGAAAAAAAAUAACAUUCAUUUCUAGUCAUCAUCUAAAACUGGUAAAAUCCACUAACUGCAUAGCUUAAAAAUGCUGGAAUUAACACUGGGGCUCUUAGGUUUGGAAGCAGGAGGGCUGUGCUGAGAGGGUGUGCAAGCCCCAGGUCGGAGUCCAGCUGAAGCAGCACUCGGGUCGAGCCCAUCCAGAGGAGCUCCGAGCCGCUCUCCAUCCUUGGCCACCCCGGGGCCUCCCCAGCCGCUCUGCUCAUCGCCGCUGCCCUGAGCUAUCGAUCCUCGCAUCGCCCGGAGCGGUGCGAGGCUCCCCGAGCCCGCAGCCCCGCAGCCCCGGGCACGGCCCGGCUGGCGCAGCGCGCUCCGGCGCGGGGAAGCCCCGGGAAGGGACCGCGGCCCCGGGCAGCGCUGGGCCGGAGGGACCCUCCCUGCCCGACCCUCGGGGGGCAGAGCCCCGAGCUCCGAGCGAGCCGCAGGCACGCUGCCGAGCGGAGCGGAGGAGCGGAGCGGGACGCGCAGCGCGGGCGCGACGAGCCCGGCCGGGGCCGCCGGUGUUUCGGGGGGACGCUGCCGGAGCCGGGCGAGAACGGGACGGCGGGGACGGCGGAUUCCCAGCUGAGUGCUUGGAUGGAUGGCAUGAAUUGGUACCAGCGAUGACUGAGAGAGGCUCUUCUCCUCCACGGCUGGGAGAAGGCUGGCCUGGUCAUUGUCUCCUUGCAGAAGUUGGAUGUUCCUCCUCCUACCCUCACAGCACUCUUCAAAGGCAUUCCUGACCCACAUUCAGGAUCUCUUUCAAGAAGGGCUGGGCUGGCAUGAUGUGAGCGACAUUCUGGUACUCAUGGAAGUGAGUGAAAUCUGUCUUAGGAUGUUUCCUUCAGGUUUGUGAAGACUUCAGGAAAUCCAGUCCUGGUGAAUACAAGGAAAAGUAUGGAAAGCCUGUAGAUUGCAUAGUGUGCUGUAAUGUGCACCAGUGCAUUGGGGUCUGGCACCCAGCGCCUGACUUCAGCAUUUGGAGACUAAUUGUUGAAGGGAAAACCUGAGCAGGCUGGAGAAAUAAAUGCAAAUGGAGACCUGUGCUUGAAGAAGCCUUGAUUUGCAAAUCUGGGAGAAAUUAUGUUUACAGAGGGAAUUCAGAAGCAUUGUUUUAUAUGUUAGGUACUCUACUAAUAAAGUGUCCCUUGUAAAUACCAAAGACAUGACACUCAGCUAUUAGAGAGAAAAGGAAAAUAAUCUUGAGGGUUGCUUUGUCUCAAGCAAAGGGGCAACAACUGCAUGCUCAGAUGUUUCUUUUCCAUCUCUUACCCUUCAGUAUUGAUUUAUGCAACUUUGCAGAAGAUUAGGUUAGAAAGGAGGUGUGAAAAAAAGAUAAUAUAGAAUUCUUUAGUUUUCUUCAAGAUGAAAACCACCUGAAUUCCCAUCACAUACAGUACUGAUUUCAUUGUUGCACACCAGACUCACAUCUGGAUGACAUUUUGCUUUAACAGUGAUGUAAGUGAUGUGAUGUGAUGUGAUGUGAUGUGAUGUGAUGUGAUGGAAAAUCUUGCAUAGGAGAGUACCUCAUCUACUGCAUCAGCUGAAGUUUUCAACAAGUUAAUAAUUCUUCAGUGUUCAACCAAAGUAUGAAAAAUUCUAUUUCAUCAACAAAAGUGAGCAUCUUUCUCCAUUGUCCCAGAAAGAUUCCACUGGAAGGUGAAAUCAGAGCAGAGGAUGACUCAGUACAACCAUUCAGCACAGUUCACUCUCCAGAGCUCAGCAAAUAAAUCAUUAAAUGUCACUGAAACACCUCUGUCUUGGGACGAAAGGACACUCUUUGGGCUGAAGAUUUCACUGUCAAUCCUUCUGUCUGUUAUAACUUUGGCAACAAUCCUUGCGAAUGUUUUUGUCGUUAUUACGAUUUUUCUGACUAGAAAGCUCCACACACCUGCCAAUUACCUCAUUGGCUCUUUGGCAGUGACUGAUCUUUUAGUGUCUGUGCUGGUGAUGCCUGUCAGCAUUGCUUACACUGUCACCCACACGUGGGCCUUUGGCCAGCUGCUGUGUGACAUCUGGCUGUCUUCAGACAUCACGUGCUGCACAGCCUCCAUCCUGCACCUGUGUGUCAUUGCCCUGGACAGGUACUGGGCCAUCACAGACGCUCUGGAAUACACCAAACGCCGCACUGCUGGCCGAGCAGCCCUCAUGAUUGCCGUGGUCUGGAUGAUAUCUAUCAGUAUCUCUGUGCCACCGUUUUUCUGGAGGCAAGUGGAAGCUCACGAAGAAAUUGCAAAGUGUGCUGUAAACACAGAGCAAAUUUCCUACACGAUUUAUUCCACUUGUGGAGCUUUCUACAUCCCAACCGUGCUCCUCCUGAUAUUGUAUGGGAGAAUUUAUGUAGCAGCUCGAUCCAGGAUUCUGAAGCCACCCUCGUUAUAUGGGAAACGUUUUACUACUGCACACCUGAUCACUGGCUCUGCAGGGUCUUCCCUCUGCUCCAUUAAUGCCAGCCUCCAUGAAGGGCAUUCCCAUUCAGGUGGAUCCCCAAUAUUUCUCGGUCAUGUUAAAAUAAAACUUGCAGAUAGUGCGCUGGAAAGGAAAAGAAUUUCUGCUGCGAGAGAAAGGAAAGCUACCAAAACUUUAGGCAUUAUUCUGGGAGCUUUCAUUUUCUGCUGGCUGCCUUUUUUUGUCAUAUCCCUGGUCCUACCAAUCUGCCAAGAUGCCUGUUGGUUUCAUCCCAUCCUACUGGACUUUUUUACCUGGUUGGGUUACCUAAAUUCAUUAAUCAAUCCAGUCAUUUAUACAGCUUUUAAUGAAGAAUUUAAACAGGCUUUCCAAAAAGUAAUACUUUUCAAAAAGUGUUCCUCUUGAGACUCUCCUCCUGUGUAACUGACCCUCGUGCAAUCUCACAGCCUACCUGAAACUUUCCAUGCUUUUAUUCCUAAGAAACUGAGUGGUAAUUGCCAUCUCUGCUGCUACCCUGUUCUGUGCAUGUAACUGGGAAUUUCUUGCUAAUUUGAUACUUUCUGUCUGGGAUUGUACAUGCCACAACAGAACUUGUCCGUGGUCUCUGCAGUGAUCAUGUGUGUAUAUAACAUCAAUGACACAUGAGAUAAGCUUUGCAACAAGGCAAACUGCGUGAACCAGGGAGUUUGUCUAGUGGGAUGAGGUGACACAUUACCCUGAUGGGAGGAAAUUGUGUGUGUAUUUACAAGACCUUAGUAUUUCUGCUGUAUAUUAUUAACCAUUUAUGUCAGCUGAGAGAGUUUCUAAGGACCAGGAUCUGAUACUUCUAUUUCCUAUGGCAUGUAUCUUACCCAUGUGAAGCUGAUAAAACCUGUAACUCUUUCAGAAGAUGUGUGACACAGCCUGACUAUAAUCAGCAGCAGGGCAGAGCAGCAUAGCACAGAUGUAAGCUAUGUGGAUAUUUCACAAAUGCUGCAUUUGAAGCUAUGCUUUUGGUGAAGUGUAGAAAGGAGACAAUUUAGUUGAAAUAAUUAUUACACAUUUUAUCAUUAAUAGAACAGCCAGUGAAGAAAUGCUACAAAAUAAAUAGCAUGAAAAU